AUCCAGGGCGGGGCUGCGCAUCCCUUCGACGGCCUCCGCAGCUGGGGAGCCGCUACCGCAGGCAGACUUCUUGUUCCAGUGCUGGUCAACAGUGAUAGUGAUGUCACUAGUCCAUUGCAUGCAGGGAUGUCUGAGGCAUUGCCACGGCUGUCUGCCCAGCAGACCUGGUUACAAGAGCCAGAGGGAUGGUGGUAGUCACAGGGCAGAACAAAGCCAGUGGAAAUCUGGACGAUGCCAUGUCGAGUUCAGAUGCAGAGGAUGAUUUCCAAGACCCUGCCACUCCUACUGCAACUCAGGCAGGGCACUCGCUGCCUCUGCUGCCUCAGCAGUUCCCAGAAGUUGUUCCGCUUAAUGUAGGAGGCAUGUAUUUCGCUACCAGGCUGUCAACACUAAGACGCUAUGAAGAUACCAUGUUGGCUGCUAUGUUUAGUGGAAGACACUACAUUCCAACAGAUGCCCAAGGCAGAUAUUUUAUUGACAGAGAUGGAACUUACUUUGGAGACGUUCUUAACUUUCUGCGAUCUGGUGACCUGCCAUCGAGAGAACGGGUGAGGUCAGUUUACAAGGAAGCUCAAUAUUAUUCCAUAGGACCAUUGCUGGACAAUCUAGAGGAAGUCCAGCCUCUUAAAGGAGAAAAAGUUAGACAAGCUUUCCUGGGCUUAAUGCCAUAUUACAAAGAACACUUGGAGCGGAUAAUUGAAAUAGCUAAGCUUAGAGCCAUGCAGAGAAAAGCAAGAUUUGCAAAGUUGAAGAUCUGUGUUUUCAAGGAAGAAAUGCCCAUCACCCCAUAUGAGUGUCCACUUUUCAACUCUCUACGUUUUGAAAGAAGUGAAAGCGAGACAAAACUGUUUGAACAUCACUGUGAAGUAGAUGUAUCUUUUGGCCCCUGGGAGGCUGUAGCUGAUGUGUACGAUCUUCUGCACUGUAUUGUGACAGACCUGUCAGACAAGGGAAUUACUGUGGAUCAUCAGUGCAUUGGUGUGUGUGAUAAACAUCUGAUAAACCAUUAUUACUGCAAGCGCCCCAUCUAUGAAUUCAAGAUUACUUGGUGAAACUGAGAAGAAUUGUGCAGGAGGAUGUCAGGGGAGUAUACUCCGUAACUGCUUUAAAUAACUUUAUUGACUUAACUUUUCUUGGCGUAUACCAUCACAUUUUGCAAGUUCUAAAUUUGGAAAAAAACAAAACAAAACACUGAUCUGUUAACCCUCAUAUAUACUUAAUGAAUGCUGUAUAGUUGUAGAAUGACUCCAAACAUCUGCAUAACAUUGGAUUUUUUUCAGUGACCUUAGAACCUCUCUUAGGGCUUAUAUACCCAGGCACAUCCAAGAAAAUUAAUCCAGAUAAUUAAAGGUGUGACUUUAAAGUGGAUUAGUUAAACUUCAUUAAAUCUCUUUGUGGGUGCUGUUAUUCAGAAUUAAACUGAAUUAAGGCCACUUUAUCUUAGGCCAGGUCUACACUAAUCCCCUAAUUCGA